UGGGACAUGGAGGUUAUAGUUGGAACUUAUGAGCAAUCUAUUUGUGCUUUAAACUUCUGUUUUGAUGAAAUUGAGGCGAAAUUUGAAGCCGCGUUCUCUGAUCACGGCCACAGUGGUUGUGUAAAGUCAGUGGCAUGUAAUCAGAAAUAUCUUGCUUCAGGCUCUACAGAUGAAAGUAUAAGAUUGUUUGAACUUAGGAAAAGAGUUGAACUUGGACGUCUAACACAACAGGAAGGUUCAAUAACAUGCCUUUCGUUUUGCAACGAAACUCAUUUGCUUAGUGGUUGUGAAGAUGGUACUCUUUGUAUUUGGGAAUGUAAAUCUUGGAAUUGUCUAAAAAUCUUAAAAGGGCACAGAGAAUCAGUAACAUCUCUAGCUGUACAUCCUACUGGACGUUUAGCACUCUCAGUUUCAUUGGAUAAAACGCUCAGAACAUGGAACCUUCUCACAGGAAGAUCGGCGUAUGUAACAAACAUUAAACAAGUUGCCAGCAUCGUGCGAUGGUCACCUUCUGGAGAAACCUACGCUGUUGUGACAAGCUCCCAAGUUAUCGUCUAUAAAGUUUCCACAGCUGCUUUGGUUUACACAAUAGGAUUUGCUAAAACAAUUUUGGCAAUAACGUUUAUGGAUGAAAACGUUCUGGCAGUUGGUGGAGACUCGCUAGAAGUUGAGAUUCAUGAUGUGGAAUCGGAAAGAAAGACUCAAUCUAUUGUUGCUCAUGAAACGAGGAUAAAAGGUCUCACAAGUACAUGGAGCAAUAGCUACCAAUCAGAUAUUGUCCACAUCUUUCUGUUUUCUGUAUCUUCUGAUGGCGUUUUGAAAGCUUGGCGUUUCAAAGAUAAAAAUUUUCGUGAUGCCCCAGAUUAUCUCUGUCAGUUUGCUCUGAAUGGACGUCCAACAUGUAUUACAGUGUUCACUGGUAAACCAGAAUCUAUCGUAAAGUCAUCAGUGGAAAAGAAACAGACAUUGCGUAAGACAUUGGAAAAUAAUGAAAAACAAUUGGACAAAAAAUUCUCUUCUGAAUCGCCUGCUUCUCGAAGGAAUAAAUCAAAGAAAAGGACAAGAAAUAAGUGAAUUUAAAAUAGAAGAAAAGGACAUUGUUUGUGGAGUUUGUAAAUAAAUAAAUAAAGAUAUUUAAAAAACAAAUUUAUUUCA